AUGUUGCUUACUUCUGGUGUUUUUGAUAGGUCAGCAGGUUCAAUAACUUGGAGACUUACAAACUUCUGCAAACCAGAAGGACCUGGUUCACUGAUGUUGCUGGCUUCUGAUGUUUUUGAUGAAGCACAUGCCAAAUCCGUGCGAUGGUACAAAGAUGAAGAUCUCAUAGCAGACAGCGCCAACGAAUCACUGACUCCUCCUGACCGGCACAUGCUGUGGGAAAACGGCUCCCUGGAAAUUCUAUACGUACAACCUGAAGAAACUGGAGAGUACACAUGUGAAAUCCUAAGAUCGGAACCGUGGGGGCCAGUAAGGCAAAAACAUGCCAUUGAAGUAUUACAUCCACCUGAAAUGUUGACGUCAAGGUCUUGGAUACACACAGCUCCUGGACACAGGGUUCAGAUCGACUGCAAAGUCUCGUCAGAUCCCCAAGCUACGGUCAAUUGGCUUAAGGGAGAAGUUCCUGUACACUUGGACAACAGAGUAGUUUCGAUGAUCGACGGAGAUAAACAUACAUUAUUAAUUAGAAAUGUGCAGAGGAGUGACUUUGGUAUUUACACUUGCAGGGCGAUCAAUGAACUUGGUCAAGGAGAAUUGGCUAUACAACUUUCAGGUAUGUUUCAUUUUUUCAAAGCAAAAGUCACUUACAAUCAUAAACGCACAAGUUCUUAA